ACAGCAAUGGCGGACUCUACUGUCAACAUGGGAAGUGUAACAGGACUUUUGGAGGACUAUCUUUCGAAAUUUGGCUUUGAAGUACAUCCGCUUAAGGUUGGCUGGUACAACUCGGUGCUUCAAGAAUCUUUGCACCUACAUUUCCCUGACAACUGCCUGGCUGUGUUGGUGCUCAGCACUCCUACUAUGUUUGAGAAAACCUUCCUUCCCUUCAUAGAACAGAAGGGAUGCCAGGGGCUGUCAGAUCCCAUAGACCAGUGUGUCAGAGACUGCAUCUCCACUGCCGUCACCCAGUGUUUUCCACAUCUGGAUGUGGAUGUAAUGUAUGACUAUGAACUGCUACCUAGCAGGAAGCCAAAGUUUUUGGCGCAGACGGCUGCUCAUGUCUCUGGUGCUGCUUAUUACUACCAACAGUCCAAUGUCCCAGACCAGCCAUGGGGGGCAAAAAAAAUGUUCGGAGUGUGUGUACAUCCAAAAUACGGAGGCUGGUUUGCCAUAAGAGCUCUCUUGGUGUUUACUGGUGUGGAAGUGGACUCGGAUCUGGCGCAGCCCACUCCAGUUGACUGUGUGCCGACAAGGGAGGGCAGGAUUCAACUACUGGAGAGUUUCAAUCUGCAUUGGCAGGACUGGAGCUACAGGAACAUCAUCACUCCUAUCCAGACCUACUCUCAGAAACAACAGGAGUAUUUUGCCACCAAACCCAAGCAGCGUUUUGAUCUGCUCAGGUCUUGGGGAUUGGCACCAAAAAAGAAUGAGCCGACUCCGUAUGUUUCAGAUUCGACAACAAACAGUCACUACUGAUGGAAGCUAACGUGGUCCCCUUGAGGAUUACAGUACCUUCUUAAAGUCUGCAUCUUACAAAUAUUUAAGUCAGUGACUUGAAAUGUAAAUUAUUGAACUUAAUAUUUAAUAUAUAUUAUUUGUUGGGUUGACUAAAGAGAAGCCAAAAUUCCUCAUACUGUAAGGUUUUUCUUUGCUAUGUUUACAGCCAAGUGCACUUGAUGGUGAUGUGCCUAUGAAUGACUAUGUUUCUACACACUAAGUGACUUAAUGGGUGGGGCUGUUGUGAGUGAAAGAGACUUUUGACUUUGUGAAACAGCUGCUAUAUAUUUAGCAUUUUUUGCAGCAGUCCUUGAAACAUUAAGGCAAAUAUUCCCCUAAGCAUUAGACCUUGCCGUUUACUCGUCCAUGUAACGGUUUUAUUACGAGUCUUUUAUUAUCCACCUUGUCUUUUUUUGAUCCAAACAUGUUAUCCCUCCUUUGAUUUGAUUGAUCUUUGCAUCAUCGGUAUCGGUUUUGGAGCAAAUCUGUCAUAUCCACAGGCUAGCUAAAUAAAAUGAAUGAAUAAA